ACAUCCUACAUUCGCAUUUCUUUUGUGUAUUGGUUUCUCAGAUUCAGUCUUAAAACUCGUUGGACGACAAAAACAGACCAGAGGACAGUCUUUACUGACUCCCUGCACCAGUAUGUAUGUGGUCUGGCUUCCCCGUGCUGCACUGAAGCCUUAGUUGAAGUUGCCAGGACCUCUGGUGGAUCAGGAGGCCAGAGUUGGGUCCAAAAGCGUCAAAAACUCGUUCUGAAACUGCUAAAAAACCUUUGUCAAAGCAACACCCUGACUGGACCAAAGAUAUUGGACCUUUGCCACUGUGUCCAAGAGAGUCAGGACCACCAACUGGCUAAGCAGGCUUUGGAUGGGAGAUCCACCCUGGAGCUGCGCAACAUCCGGCUAUUACCUACGGAUAUUGAUGCUUUAGCUUUUGUAGUUAGCUCAGCAGAGGGUAAUGGCAUUGGAUUGGACUUUGGAGCUUGCUCAAUGGAGUUGGAGUGUUUCGAUGUCCUGCCAAGGUGUCGGUACAUUCACUCCCUCAGUUUCCGCAGCCGCAAGUAUGGAGACAAGUUUGCUGAGAAGUUGUCCUCCAUUCUGCCAAAUUUCACAACCCUGAGAAAACUGGAGUUUUGUUGUGCCAGUCUGACUGCCACAGGAGCGGCUAGUUUGGUCUCUGCUCUCCAAGACUGUCCAGACAUCACUGAAAUCAAUCUGAGCGACAACAAUCUUAAAGACGAAGGGAUCAAACAUGUAGCUGAUAUAUUUCCUAAACCACUAAGACUGAUCUCUGUAAAGCUGGGUCGAAACAACAGCUCUCUGGAAGCAGUGGACUAUCUCAUCGGCAAAAUGUCUUCAUGUUUGAACUUCCAGAACUUUAACGCAGAUGGGAUGAAGGAAUUGACAGUAACUUUCUCCCAAACCUCAGAUUUGAACCGCCAUAAAACUAAGUCUGAACCGAUAAUCAGGUAGGACAAUAACGCUCUUAUCAAAUACUCACUCCUUUCCAGAUUUUUACUAGCAUAGCCAGCUUCCUUGAAGACCUUUGCUCCCCCCCUUUGAAUGAGGUGCUAUAACCUGAUUGUAAUUUUUUACAAUCUUGAUCAGAAACAACC